CAGGGCUCCUGGGUGUAAAGGGAAGCCGCCUGCCCCGCGCCGCGUCGAGGGCCCAGCCUCCCUGCUCACAGGAGGGGACACGGGACGCUGAGCGACAUUUUUCUCCCAGGCUUGGUGGAGGCAGUGAGGCGGCCAGACUCCCGACGGCUGGGCCAUGGGGGAGCCAGAGGACACCUGCAGCUCCACCUGGGAGCGCCCUCAGGACAAGGGCUACUCGGACUCGCCUUGGUCAUGGAUUCCAAUCAUGAGAGACCCCGGCUGGAUUCGAAAUGUGUGGUCUUCAAACAUUAACGCUCAAACCAUGAAUUACGUUGGGCAGCUGGCGGGCCAGGUGUUCGUCACUGUGAAGGAACUCUACAAGGGCUUGAAUCCUGCCACCUUGUCUGGAUGUAUCGACAUCAUCGUCGUCCGCCAGCCCAACGGGAGCCUGCAGUGCUCCCCGUUCCAUGUCCGCUUCGGCAAGAUGGGGGUCCUGCGCUCCCGAGAGAAAGUGGUCGACAUAGAAAUCAACGGGGAAUCUGUGGAUUUGCACAUGAAAUUGGGAGACAAUGGAGAAGCAUUUUUUGUUCAAGAGACUGAUAAUGAUCAGGAAGUGAUCCCCAUACACCUGGCCACCUCCCCGAUCCUGUCCGAGGGAGCCUCGAGAAUGGAGUACCAGCUGAAGAGGAACUCCAUAGAUCGCACGAGAAGCCUGGACGCCGGCACGGCAGCCCCGGCCUUACCUCCCAGCGAGGCCCCGUCCAGUGGCUCCUUAGUGAAGAAGAGGAGGAAGAGGAGGAGAAAGUCGCAGCUGGACAGCCUGAAAAGGGAUGACAACUCGAACACGUCGGAAGACGAAGACAUGUUUCCCAUCGAGAUGAGCUCCGACGAGGAGACGGACCCGCUGGACUGCAGCAGGACCCUUCCUGGUGAUAUUCCUCCAUUCGAAGAAGACACCCCGAAGGAAAACCUCUCCCCAGCCCUGCCUUAUGCGCAGUCAGCAUCGUACCCGAAUUCCGAUAGAGAGUGGUCGCCCAGUGCCAGUGGCCCGAUGGAUUGCAAAAGGACGCCCCCGCACCUGGCAGUCGCCGCCGAGGGGCUGCUUUCUAGUUCCUGCCCAGCACAGCCGUCUCUCCUCCCGGCUUCGGAAAGUCCUGCAGGUUCCCGACCUUCAACCCCCAAGAGUGAUUCGGAGCUGGUCAGCAAGGCCGCGGACCGGACGAUGCCGAAGAGCAACCUGGAGAUGCUCUGGCUGUGGGGGGAGCUGCCUCAGGCCGCCAAGUCGUCCCCACACAAGAUGAAAGACUCCAGCCCGCUGAACAGCAGGAAAAUCUGUGAGAAAAUGCACUUCCAGGCCAUUCACAGCGACUCUUCCGACGCGUUCAGUGACCAGUCGCCGACGCUGGCUGGGGCGCCUCCUGCGCAGCCCCUCGUGGAGCCGAGCAGGUCUCAGACGGAGAUGCAGUUUGUGAACGAGGAGGACGUGGAGGCCUUGGGGGCCGCAGCCCCGCCGCCCCCUGCCACGGAGGAAGCCAAAGGCCCGGGUGCCGCGGCGAGCAAGAUGGACUCGCCCUCCAGGAGGAAAGACAAGCGAAGCAGGCAUCUUGGUGCAGAUGGCGUCUACCUGGACGACCUCACAGAUAUGGACCCUGAAGUGGCUGCCCUGUAUUUUCCCAAAAACGGGGAUCCUUCCGGGCUCCCCAAACAUGCCGAGAGCGGAGCCCGGUCAGCCAGCCAGUCCCCGCAGUCCGUGGGCAGCUCCGGCGCUGACAGUGGCGUGGAGAGCACCUCCGACGGCCUGAGAGACCUGCCGUCCAUCGCCAUCUCCCUCUGCGGCGGCCUCAGUGACAACAGGGAGAUCACCAUAGACGCAUUUCUGGAACAGGCUGUGUCAUACCAACAGUUUGCGGACAACCCCGCGCUCAUCGACGACCCCAACCUCGUGGUGAAGAUUGGGAAUAAGUAUUACAACUGGACCACGGCAGCCCCUCUGCUCCUGGCGAUGCAGGCUUUCCAGAAACCUCUGCCCAAGGCCACGGUGGAAUCCAUCAUGAGGGAUAAGAUGCCCAGAAAGGGAGGCCGGUGGUGGUUUUCGUGGAGGGGAAGGAAUACCACGAUCAAGGAGGAAAGUAAGCCAGAGCAGUGCCAGGCUGGCAAGAGCCACAGUACCGGGGAGCAGCCGUCCCAGCUCAGCACGGCCACCAGGAUAAAGCAUGAGUCAUCUUCCAGCGACGAAGAGCGUGCUGCUGCCAGGCCGCCCAGUACCGGCCACCUCCCUCUGCUGUCCAACGUUGGCUACAAGAAGACCCUGCGGCUCACCUCCGAGCAGCUGAAAAGCCUGAAGCUGAAGAAUGGCCCCAACGACGUCGUUUUCAGCGUCACCACCCAGUACCAAGGCACCUGUCGCUGUGAAGGCACCAUCUAUCUGUGGAACUGGGACGACAAAGUGAUCAUUUCUGACAUUGACGGAACCAUCACUCGAUCAGAUACCCUCGGCCACAUUUUGCCCACACUCGGGAAGGACUGGACCCACCAGGGCAUCGCCAAGCUGUACCACAAAGUGAGCCAAAACGGGUACAAGUUUCUCUACUGCUCCGCGCGCGCCAUCGGGAUGGCGGACAUGACGAGGGGCUACCUGCACUGGGUCAACGAGAGGGGCACCGUGCUGCCGCAGGGGCCCCUGCUGCUGAGCCCCAGCAGCCUCUUCUCCGCCUUGCACAGGGAAGUGAUUGAAAAGAAGCCAGAAAAGUUUAAAGUCCAGUGCUUGACAGACAUCAAAAACCUGUUUUUCCCAAACACAGAACCCUUCUAUGCUGCUUUCGGGAACCGGCCUGCGGACGUGUACUCGUACAAGCAAGUCGGGGUGUCUCUGAACAGAAUAUUCACGGUCAACCCCAAAGGAGAGCUGGUGCAGGAGCACGCCAAAACCAACAUCUCCUCGUACGUGAGACUCUGCGAAGUGGUCGACCACGUCUUCCCACUGCUGAAGAGAAGCCAUUCUUCAGACUUCCCCUGCUCAGACACUUUCAGUGACUUCACCUUUUGGAGAGAGCCACUGCCGCCCUUCGAAAACCAGGACGUCCAUUCUGCCUCGGCCUGACGUGUUCCAAGCCACCGCCUACGUCGUGAGAAGACCGACCGGCCGCCCAUUAAAGGAGAGGCUUUGGGAGCCCAGAAGUGGAGCUCGGGAGCCCGCGUGCGGUCAUUUGCUCUAGAGCAGAGUUGAGGUGCACCCUCUCCCUCCCCGCUGCUCCGGGCUGAGGUCUCUGAGUCAGCACAAAGGGUGCAUGUCACAGGCAGGGAGCCCAGUGCACUCGCCGUGGACGGCUGUGCCCGUGGGGGGAAACCGUGUGUGGUCCUGGCCUCCACGCGGCCUCGGUCACGUGCAGUGUGUGCCUGUGAAACCCGAGCAGAACUGGCUGCUGGGGCCCCUGCUGGUGCCACUAGCAACCGAGGAGCGCCGGAUGCCUACAGCUUGGAGUAGGGGCACCUGUCCCUGUGGCCGUUCGUGUCCCUCUUCUGUACCCGGUGGGAGGGACGUGUGCGGUCACUGCCCCGAAUCUGGAGUCUCUGAAGGGACUCCCGGCCUCGCUGUUUUGGGCCUCGGCCUUGUGGGUGUUCCCUUGCGGUGUGCUGACCAGUCUAAUUUCAGGUGAGAAGUUCUUCUUGAAUCCCUUUGGUUAAAGAUGACCCGUGUCAUCGGCACCCUUCCCUGCCCCCUUGCUGUGGCUCGAGCUGGAGUAUCGAUGCCUUAAUGCGUCCGUGGCAGGCGCUGCAUUGAGAACGGGCGUUGUCUGGCUCGUCGCUGCGAUGCCUUCAGUUUGGAUCCUAGGAAGUGUCUCGGGCGGUGUCUCCGGCGGUGUCUCGGGCCAGUUCAGCGCACGGUGCCGAAAGUGGGCGUGGCCGGAGCUGCCCCAGACGGGCGCUGUCAGCUUCUGUCGGAAGCUCUCAGAGGAAGCUGCUUGGUUUUAAGAAAAUAGUCUCAAGAGUUAAAUUAUAUUCUUUGUAGAUAGUAUUUAUUACUUGACUCUGACUGGGUUAUUGCUAUAAGCAUUCAGCCAUAUUCUCUCUAUUAUAACUGUCAUUGGUACAUUAAAAGGAUAGAUGCUAGACUAUCCAAAGAGCCUUAUUCUGUAUAUCUCACAGCAUUGACCUUCUUUUGGGAUUUAUGAGUGAUGCUUUUUCUUUUCCUUAGCUGUUUCCACUCACAUUAAGGGCAGGUGGGUAAGUAAUGAUUGGAGUGACAUUCUUAAGCCACUAGAAGAUAAACGAACCUCUUGUUUGUUAAACUGGCUCGUAGAGAGAACAAAUCGAAAAGUCAAAGAAUUAUUUUGGUAAAAGAUUUUGCUUUAUUUUUGAAGUAUUAUUUUUCUAAAGAGCGUUUUCCUCCGAUGAUUGACAGCUUUCCUAUUUAAAUUGCAUUGUUAGCGUCAUAGGAGGCGAAACCGUGGAAGGGUCGCAAGGAACCUUACUCUUUCUGUGAAAGAAAACGGAGAGGUGCUGCCCGGUGCAGCUGGUGGGCCCAGAGCAGAGGGGCCCCUCCUGAGCGUCCCUGUGGCCCCAGGGAGAAGGGCAAGGGCCCCUGGCCGGUCACCUUUGCGUAGACGCGCAAACACGCAUGCGCAGUCUCUUCGGGAGGCCUCAAAGAGAAUUAAAAAUAGUCCUGCCCUGACUACUCUGGGCUUGUUCAUUCGUGACCUUCAGAGGCUACAUUCAUUCUUCCUGUCACGAGGGUGUUUUGGGGUGAAUUUUAACUUGUGACCUAAGUACAAGCCUGGGGCCUGCAGGGCACCCCAGUUUCUCCUUUGUGGGGGGAGCCUGGCCGUGGGAGUGAGCCGAGGGCCCCAUGCCCUUUGCCCUUUGCCCGGCCGAGCAGCUGCAGUCCACUCCGCGAGCGGCCCCCCAGCUCCAUGCCACGCACGCAGGGCCGGAGCACGCCUUCCGGAAGUCACGCUCGGAUCUGUGUCAAGUUCAGGGUGACCCCUCCCCACCCAGGGGCUGUAACAUUAUACCUGCCUGUGACUUUGGAAAGGGGAUUUAUACACGGGGGACACCCACGCCCGUGCUUGUUACCUGUGUUCACACAACUCUAACCCAGUCGCCCAGGGUCACGUGCGGGGACGCUGCGGACUGGGACACUGCAGGGUGACGUCAUCGGACGCUCCCCACUGUGACGGAGAAACUGCCUGGUGCAGUGGAGACAUGAUGACGCCUUCAAAGAACCCCCUUUGCCAUUUCAGAUGUGGGUCACUGCUUUUCAUCUCUGUACCCCUGACACCUGGUCUGUAAGCGCUGCGCAAUGAUCAGCAUCACUGUAGUACUUCACUGUGUGUGCCGGGUGCAAAGCUGGACACUAUUGUAAUAAAAGAGAC